AUGGGAACACCAUCAAAGUUGGGGCAAUGGCCCCUUCUUGUUUAUGCUUUUGCCUUUUGCUUGAUAGUCAUUAGUGUAGCAGCUGAUUAUAAGCCUAACAUUGAUGAUUCAUCAUCUUUGUCAUACCGUUAUAGGCCACGUUCCCCUCCACCACCUCCCCCACUACGUCGUUACUAUUAUAAAUCGUCCCCGCCUCCUCCUCCACGACGUCGUUACAAUUAUAAAUCGCCUCUGCCACCUCCUCCGCGACGUCAUCACUAUUAUAAAUCACCUCCGCCACCUCCUCCGCGACGUCAUCACUAUUAUAAAUCACCUCCGCCACCUCCUCCGCGACGUCAUCACCAUUAUAAAUCACCUCCGCCACCUCCUCCGCGACGUCAUCACCAUUAUAAAUCACCUCCACCACCACCUCCAUCACCAUCACCACCUCCUCCACAUUAUUACAAAUCUCCACCACCACCUUCUCCACCUUCCCCACCAAAUUAUUACCAUCAUUCACCACCACCACCACCUCCAACAUAUCAUUAUGAAUCUCCACCACCACCUUAUUACAAUAAUCCUCCACCACCGCCUACUCCAUCUCCACCGCCACCUUAUUACCAUAAUCCACCACCACCACCACCACCAAUCCAUUCUCCUCCUCCACCAUCACUUCCAUCUCCAUCUCUAUCUCCAUUGCCAUCACCCCCAUUGACUACACCUGUCGAUGAACCAUCUCCAUCUCCAUCUCCGUUGCCAUCACCACCAUUGAUUGCACCUAUCAAUGGGCCAUCUCCACCUCCAUCUCCAUUUCCAUCACCACCAUUGAUUGAACCUACCGAUGGACCAUCUCCAUCUCCAUUACCAUCACCACCAUUGAUUGCACCUACAGAUGGACCAUCUCCAUCUCUAUUGCCAUCACCACCAUUGAUUGCACCUACCGAUGGACCAUCUCCAUCUCCAUUUCCAUCACCACCAUUGGUUGAACCUACCUAUGGACCAUCUCCAUCUCCGUUGCCAUCACCACCAUUGAUUGCACCUACUGAUGGACCAUCUCCAUUGCCAUCGCCACAAUUGAUUGAACCUACUGAUGGACCAUCCCCGUUGACAUCACCAUCAUUGAUUGCCCCUACAGAUGGACCAUCUCCAUCCCCGUUGCCAUCACCACCAUUGGUUGCACCUACCGAUGGACCAUCGCCAUCUCCAUCUCCAUUGCCAUCACCACCAUUGAAUACACCUAUCGAUGGACCAUCUCCUUCUCCAUCUUUAUCUCCACCUAUAUCUCCGUCUCCACCUCCACCACCUCUAAUAAACUCCCCCCCUCCUCCAUCGCAAUCUCCACCUCCACCACCUUCUCCAUCUCCACCACCUCCAGUUAAUUCCCCACCCCCUCCACCACCUUCUCCAUCUCCACCACCUCCUCCAUCGCCAUUUCCACCUCCACCAUCUUCUCCAUCUCCACCACCUCCUCCAUCACCAUCUCCACCUCCACCACCUGCUCUAUCUCCACCACCUCUUCCAUCGCCAUCUCCACCUCCACCUUCUCCAUCUCCACCACCUCCUCUAUCGCCAUCUCCAUCUCCACCACCUCCAGUUAAGUCUCCACCUCAUCCAUCACCAUCUCCACCUCCACCACCUUCUCCAUCCCCACCACCACCUCCAUCUCCUCUUUGCAAUAAUAAAUCUCCUCCCCCACCAUCUUUAUUCCAUUUUCCAAUACCAUUUCCUUGGUUGCGAACUCCACCUCCGCCACCUAAUUGUACUCCUCCACCACCUUUAAUAAACUCCCCCCCUCCUCCAUCGCCAUCUCCACCUCCACCACCAUCUCCAUCUCCACCACCUCCAGUUAAGUCUCCACCUCCACCACCUUCUCCAUCCCCACCACCACCUCCAUCGAAAUCUCCACCUCCACCUCCGCUUUGCAAUAAUAAAUCUCCUCCCCCACCAUCUUUAUUCCCUUUUCCAAUAUCAUUUCCCUGGUUGCGAACUCCACCUCCGCCACCUAAUUGUACUCCUCCACCACCUUUAAUAAACUCUCCCCCUCCUCGAUCGCCACCUCCACCACCUCCAGUUCAGUCCCCGCCUCCUCCAUUUCAAAUAAUUACUCCACCAUAUCCACGACUACCUCCACUCCCAAUUCCUCCAUUGCCACGACUACCUCCACUCCCAAUUCCUUCAGUUCCACGACUACCUCCACUCCCAUUUCUUCCAUUUCUUCCAUUUCCCUUUGGUCGGCAACACUAG